UGAGAAAAAUGAAAAGUAAACAGGAAAAAAAACCCAAUGUUGGAAUCCACCCCUCUUCUUCUUCCACUUCUCUUCACUAAAAUCUAAUCUUCCCUUUUUUUUUUCUUCUUUUACUUCAUCUCACCAAAGAUUUCAACCACGGAGUUCCCAAAUCAAAGUGGAGAAGGAUCUGCCUCUUCCCAAAAAAAAAUGGGAAGAGGUAAGAUUGAAAUAAAAAGAAUUGAAAAUACUACAAAUCGUCAAGUCACCUUUUGCAAGAGAAGAAAUGGAUUGCUUAAAAAAGCUUAUGAGCUGUCUGUUCUUUGUGAUGCUGAAGUUGCUCUCAUCGUCUUCUCUACUCGUGGUCGUCUCUACGAAUACGCAAAUAAUAGUGUUAGAGGAACGAUUGAGAGGUACAAGAAAGCAUUUGCUGAUUCUUCCAAUUCCGGAUUAUCAGUUGCCGAAGCUAAUGUACAGUUUUACCAACAAGAAGCCACCAAGUUGAAGAGACAGAUUAGGGAAAUUCAGAACUCAAACAGGCAUAUCCUGGGAGAAGCACUCAGCUCAUUGCCAUUAAAAGAGCUCAAAAGUCUUGAGGGCAGAUUGGAGAGAGGUAUCAGCAAAGUUAGGGCUAAAAAGAACGAAACCUUGUUUGCAGAAAUGGAAUUCAUGCAAAAAAGGGAAAUGGAACUUCAGAGCCACAAUAACUAUCUGAGAACACAGAUUGCAGAACACGAAAGAAUACAACAGCAGCAGCAGCAACAACAGCAAACGAACAUGAUGCAAAGGGCAACAUAUGAGAGUGUGGGAGGGCAAUAUGAUGAUGAGAAUAGAAGUACUUAUGGGGCUGUAGGGGCGCUUAUGGAUUCAGACAGCCAUUAUGCUCCUCAAGACCAUCUCACUGCCCUUCAGCUUGUUUAAAAUUUAUAACCCUCCCCCCCCCCCCCCCCCCCCCCCAAAAAAAAAAAGUAAAGCUUUCUUUUUUUCUUUUUCUUUUUUUAAAUUGUUCUUAUUUUUAUUACUAUUAUUAUUCACAAUAUGCAAUUACCCAGGAUGUCAAAUAAUACUGCCUUUUGGAGCUCUAUGCUUCUGGCUGAGAUAGUUCUCAUGGUAUUUAUUUUUGUUUAGUGUCA